AUGGAUACUGAACAUUGUGGACCAGUUAUUGCAUACGAGCCACUGUCAUCUGCCAUACAUUGGACAUUUAUUAUGAAAGGUUUUGGAGUGGGAAACGCGGUAAGACCACCAAGUUUUGAAGUUAUAACAGACACGGGCACAUCGUUCAUUGGUGGUCCAAAAAGUCAAACGGAUUGGAUUGCUAAGAAAGUUGGAGCCAAGUACCUUGAAAAAUACCGACUUUAUCAUAUUCCUUGCGAUGCUAAGCUCCCUUAUUUCCACAUUUACAUUGGAUCCAAGACCUAUUCCAUUGAGCCCGCAAAUUACUUAAUUGAGGUAAGUUUAGAGGAUCAGUGCAAAAGUUCGGACAAAAUUUAGAU